CAGACUGCCCACCUGUGAGCACACAUGGUUGCUUCAUAUCAACUGCACCUGGUGAUCCACUCAUUAAUUAAUCUACCACCCACUUUAACGUUCCGCGUUAAAUGUCAUGGAGUAUAAAGGAAGACGACAACUCUCACACCCAGAUCAAAGUGAGAGACAAGCACCCAACAACAUGGACCAGCUUGCUUUCAAAUACAUGGAUAUGUGUAAAGUGGAGUCCAGCACCGAUUCUGAAUCUGAGAUCAGUCCAAGAUGGUCGGACACGAGCACAAUGGGAUGUUCAAGCAGUGCACCAGAGAGUCGGACUUUUAGUAGGACAUUACCAUUAACCCAAAAGCCUGCAGUAAGGCAUGGCUGUGACUCUUUGUUUUUGGACCCAUACGAUGGAAGCUCUGAAGAUUCUGACGAGUCAAACAUCGAUGGGGGUGUCUCGGGCAGGCGAACACGGCAUCAGGGAAGAGGUGGAGGAGGAGGAGGAGGAGGAGGAGGAGGAGGGAGUCGUUUUUUCGGCAGGAGCAGGAGAUAUAUCUUUCACCACCCCGCCUCUGUCGCUCUCAGAGAAGUGCUGAAAAGCGGGGUGAGAAACCCUGUGACCGAGCAGCAACAUCUCGGGGACGUCCAGAUGAAAUGCGGGAGUGACUCCAGCCUGUGGGUCUGUGAGCUCGACAUCGACAGGAAUGCUUGUAGUGAUCUCGGGGAUAAAACAGCCACAGGUUCAACUGUUCCCUCCCAAGCCAUGGACAUAGAGUUGCAUUGCCAAUUCGACGACUCGGGCUUACACUCUACAACGUCCUCCACGCCUCAAACGCCCGCGCCCGGACCCUCAGCGGACGGGGUGAUGUCCCAGAUCCCGCAGAGUUCCUCAGAGAGGUGCCCCGGCCCCUGUAACCUCAAAUCCCUUUACAAGAGAAAGCUGGGACUCGCCGGAGCGGAGGUGAUGGAGCAAAGAAAGAGGCUGUGUGUGGGCAACAUGGAGGACUCUGCAUCUGAACCAUGUUAGCACCAUGUAAACAUGGAGGGGACCAGAGAAAGACUGCUGACAUAUUCAGAGCCUCACAGCAUUAAAUGUAGAAUAAAAUACUAUAAAUAGUUA